AUGUGGACCAUUAACAUCCAUACUCCCCCACAUGUGAACCAUUUACAUCCAUACUCCCCCAAAUUGUCAGAAAGGAACCUGUUCGCUCCUCUCGAUCCCCCGCCCCCACCGCUGGGGGAGGUCCACAUCCUCCCCCACCCUCCCACCAGCCCCGCGGUGGGGGACUCCCACACGUUGCUCACGUGGCGGGUGUUCCAGCCCCAGAAAUUGGGGGACAAUUUUCUGGGGCUUGUGAGGUUCUUCCGCUUGGCACUGGGAUGUGAAGAUAACAACUGCACAACUGCAUGGCAGUUGCUGUCAGCGAGUCUGGGUCUAACUGACGACGAACAACUGCAGCUGCUGACGAUGCUGCAGAUGCUACCGGCAUUCACAAAUUCUUCCAACCGAACUCUCAUGGACUCAAUGUUGAGCGUACUCCAUGACCUCAACGUCAUCCGGGACUUUGAGGUCAUCCAAGAUGGCGGCCGUGCGACUGUCAGCCUGAAACCUCUUGUUGACAUUUUCAACCUGGUGCAUUCAUUCGUAUUGCCAUGAUUAGAAUAUAAUGGAUUAUGAGUAAAUUUCAAUGUUGUAAUCUACGUUUUAUCUCGAAGAAUUUUUGACGAAUAAAAAUGUUGGUCUUGACUUCAAUUAAGCAUUUAGAAUCUCUAAGACAUUUUUCAUAGAAAACAUUAUUUGAUUUUCCUCUUUGAAGUAUUUAUUUUCCUCUACAAAAAUCCUUCGAUCACUUUUCAUGAU